AUGGCUUCUUUCCCUCAAAACCAUUUCCAACAAUAUUUAGAACCACCACCGCAGCCACACCCACAGCAAUCCAAGCCCUUCAGGGAUUUGUAUGACAUGGAGGGUCAGAUUUCACAGCAAGUCACCUACUUCAGCAACCCUAAUCUCCCUGAUCAUCACCCCCCUUACAUCCCUCCUUUUCAAGUAGCAGGAUUGGCUCCUGGAGGGGUUCAAGAGGAAAAUGGGCUGGAUUUGCAGUGGAAUUUUGGGCAAGAGACCAAGAAAAACCUGCCCAAAGAAAAAGAUUUUCUGGAGAACAACACCAAUAAUGCUAGCAAUAAAAAUAAUAAUUCCCAGAUUUCUUUGGAUUUUUUGCAGGCCCGACCAGUGUCAACUGGGCUAGGGUUGUCAUUGGAAAAUCCCCGGUUAGCCUCUUCCGGUGAAUCGGUUUUGCUUGGGCUGGUGAACGAUGAACUUGACCGUGAGUUGCAAAGACAGGAUGCUGAGAUUGAUAGAUACAUUAAACUUCAGGGAGAUCGUCUGAGGCAAGCUGUUUUAGAGAAGUUUCAAGCACACCAACUCCAGAUGAUCUCAUAUGUUGAAGAGAAGCUCAUGCAGAAACUCCAGGAGAAAGAGGCAGAAGUGGAAGACAUCAACAAAAAGAAUAUGGAACUUGAAUUGCGAAUUGAACAACUUGCAUUGGAAACCAAUGCUUGGCAACAGCGGGCAAAAUACAAUGAGAACAUGAUCAACAACCUCAAGUUUAAUCUCCAGCAGGUCUACGCACAAAGUAGAGAUAGUAAAGAAGGGUGUGGUGAUAGCGAAAUUGAUGAUACAGCCUCUUGCUGCAAUGGUCGGGCUAUUGACUUCAACCUCUUUCGCAAGAAUAGUAAUGAAAUGAAGGAGUUGAUGACCUGUAAGGUUUGUAGAGUCAAUGAAGUGUGCAUGCUUUUGUUACCUUGUAACCAUCUGUGCCUGUGUAAGGAGUGUGAUAGUAAGCUUAGUUUUUGUCCUUUGUGUCGUUCCUCAAAGGGUAUGAGCAUGGAGGUUUAUAUGUAA